CCAGUAAAUCCACUCUACCUGCAAUAGAAUGUGUAUUACCAUGGCAAUCAGGAUGUGGAUCACCAUGGCAACAAGAAGGCCUCUGGGCAAUGGAUUCCUCCUGCUACCGAGGGGGACACUUCUGCCUAGCAACAUGUGCUCCCUAACAACCAAAGCCUCAACAUACACAGCAGUCACAAUCAGGACAAACAAGAGGGUCUUCCUGUUCACCACCAGCCCUGGUUUCCAUGGAAAAAGAUGCCCUCAUGUCACCAUGGCUACAGAAAAAGAUCCCUACCAUUCCAGGCUGUCUAACGUGGGUGAGAUAAGGUCAAGGCCAGAUCCUGUCAUCUGGGGAGAUGAUGAAAAACCAGGGCCGUUUUCAAGGCAAGAAUUGGAGUUCUACAAGACAAAUGGCUACAUCAAGGUAGAUGGGCUUUUUGAUGACCAAGAAAUCCAAAUGUGCCGUGAAAAAUUCACAGCAUUGAGGGACAAGUUUGAAGAAGACAACAGAUCAAAGAAGGAGUGCAUCGUCACAGAUAACUAUACUUCUGUGACAGAACCAGGGUCCAACAAAGUCAAGUCCAUCUACAGUCCGCACAAGAUUCUGCCAGCAGUCAAUCAGCUGUGCCAGGACAACAGGUUGCUGGGAAGGGCCCAACAGAUCCUCGACAGCAAUGUGUACAUGCACCACACCAGGCUCAACUUCAAACAACAGUUCAAGGGCACAGGAUUCUACUGGCACUCCGACUUUGAGACAUGGCACGUCGAGGACGGGAUGCCCAGACCACGAAGCAUGUCCUGUAUGAUUCUCAUGACAAGAAACCUGGCUCAGAAUGGAGCUCUUAUGGUCAUACCUGGUUCCCAUAGACAUUACAUAUCAUGUGCUGGCCCCACCCCUGACAACCACUGGGUCACUAGUCUACAGUACAGGUACAUCGGGACACCAAACCAGGAGGCACUGUCUCACAUGGUACAGGAAGGGGGGAUUCACCACUGCACGGGGGAGGCAGGUGCUGCGUUCUUCUUCGACUGUAACCUGCUGCAUGGCUCUCUUGCUAACAUCAGCCCCUGGGACCGUAUGAACCUCUUUCUGGUCUACAACAGUCUGCACAACAAACUGGUCGCUCCCUUUGGUCCACCCAAACCCCGACCUGAAAACCUGGGUUGCAGGGACCCGGCAUGGGUACAACCCAUCACACCACUGGAGAAGCCUACAGAGUACUAAACUACAGAGUACUAAACUGGAAGGGGGGGUGUAUAGUUUAGAAGGAACCCAUUUUUCACACGUCUGGAUCUUGAGUUGACCUGCUGGUAUUGGUACAUGUACAUACUAUGUGAUUAUUACCAAACUCUGGUGAAAAUCAGCUGUAUAUUUGGGAAUUGGAGUACUAUACUGAGAAGACAAUGUUUUGAGGUAACCCAUUUUGUUACCUUUUUUAUCUGUUGACAUGGCCUUUUGACGACUCAAAACGGUACCAAACCAGUCAUGGAGGUAAAAGUAGAUAAACAGCAGUAAGAAAAUUAGUCUAUCUGAGGGAGAUCUUGGAACAAGAACCUUGAUAACAUAAGUGUCCUUACCUGUAUAUGGAUAUAGCUCAUGGUGAAGAAUAUGCAUAAUAAUAUUUCUUCUUGAUUUUGGUGUGCAUGGGAUAUGGUUUUGAUAAUAAGUUGGGGCUACUUGGCGGAGCAUAUGUU